UUAAUAAUCAAAAUGGCUACUACAAGCUAUUUUAGUUUUACAAAUGAUGAAAGAAAAAUGAUAAGUAAAAUGCUUUAAUUGUCUUCAAAUCAAUAUGCAUACUUAGAGAAAGAAUUGGAUUCUCUUCUUGAUUCAUGUAAAAUGUGUGAAGAUCAUUAACUUCCUUAUAAAUUUUACAAUGAUUAAAAAUUCUUUUGUCCAAAAUGUUUAGAUUAAGAAAAGCCUAAAAAUUUUCAUUACAUUGAAGAAAAUGAUCAAGAUUUAAUUAAUAAAUUGGAAUAGUAAUUAAAACAAUACGAGAAUUUUAAAGUAAUGAAUAAGUAAUUAGAAAGAUUCCAUAAAUUGAUUUUGAGACAAAAACUAAUUUAGUGAGAAGUUAGUAAUUGUAAGCAAACGAGAGUAUAGAUUAUGGUAAAAUAAAUAAGGAAUAUAUGAUAAAGAAUUAGAAUAAUUUAAAUAAUUAUAAUUCAUGUGUUUUGAAGAGAGAAUAGAAUUAAAAUUAUAGUGAACCAGAAGAAAUAGGAAAUAUGUAAUAAUUGAAAGAAACUUUAUAAAAAAGAAGAAAAUUCUUAGAGGUUUAGGAAUUUAUAUCUCAUAUUUAAAUAGAGAAUAAUAGAAGGGCACAUGAUGAAAUGCAUAAUACUGAUGUUUUUAUGAGACCAACAUUUUAAUGGGAAUAAUAAUAAGAUAAUACAGAGGCUUUUACUUAAAUUUUAAAGCAGUUUCUUGGAGGUUAACAAUGAUU